AUGACUUUACAUACAUAUGCCCAAAUGUGGAUACACCCAUUUUCUCAUGAAUACCAUACUUACCCUUCUGAUGCCGAGGAUUUAAAGAAUGUAGCUUUGCGGGCUACAGAACGUUUAGAACAAAUUUAUGGCACUCAUUAUAGAAUUGGAACUGGGGCUGAUUUACUUGCACCAGCUUCCGGAGGGUCUGAUGAUUGGGCUAAAGAAACUCUUGGAAUUAAAUAUGUUUAUUUGGAUGAACUGAUUCCUACAGCUAUCGAAACGUUUGAAGCAAUUAAAGAAGUGAUUCGAGCUGUCAUGUCUGAGCCUGAGUCUUUUGAGAUGAGAAAUACAACAGACACGAGUACUGGUAUGGCUAACGUAACUCUGAAGUUGGAUGAUGAUGAGGAAGGGAAGAUUAAUUCGACCGGUUUCACCAACGACUUCAAGCAGUACACGGUGAACAACAGCAGUACUGGGGAACAGUUUGAGUCAACCCUCUUCGAAACUUCGUCUUUCGGAAUGACUGAGAAUCAGACUGAGACAAUUACAACACCUUUAAAAGAUAUGGAAAAAAUCAAGGAGUCCGAGCAGUACACGCAACACACCACAGAAUCUUUUGAUUUUCUUAUCGGAAUUGGGGAAGAAAAAGUCAACGUGUCAUCUUUCUCUUUAUCCCCUCAAUUUCUCUUCCCACUUUUCACAAUUCCAAAAAUUCAAACAAUUCCGAUCGGUUCUGGUUUUGGAGAUGAACAAAAAAGAGAGGAACCUGAUCUUCCAACAACUAGUUUUCUGACAUCAACAAAUUCCCUCCUCUCUAAAGAUCAACUAGAAAGCAUAGAAACGACUGAAACAACUAGCAGUGAAAAUAUCGAAGCAACUUCUUCAAGCAGUACAGAUAGUAGCAGUACUCCACGGACUUCUAGCAGUACUUCACAGACUUCUAGCAGUACUCCACAAACUUCUAGUAGUGUAAUAACCGAUGAGACAACAUCCUCAGAGAUUGUAAUAAAUUUAGAGGAAGACCCCACUAGCACAACAACUUCAAGUAGUACAACAACUUCGAGCAGUGAACCAACAACUUCGAGCAGUACAACAACUUCGAGCAGUACAACAAUAUCGGAAAUGUCAGAAUCUACAACAUCAAGAUUAAGCAGUAGAAUAAAAACAACAACAAAUAGAACAACGUUUUCGAGCAGUACACCAACUAGUUCAAGCAGUACAAGCAGAACAACUUCAACUUUUGCUACAAUACCUAUCCCACCUAUCCCAAUAUCAAAACAGUAUACUCCUGUAAAAUUUGUAGCAUUUGAUAAAGAGAAAAUUGAAUUGAAACCUUUAAAUGACCUCAAGAAGUACCAAAAUAGCAGGUCCUCAACGAACUCAGUUAAUUUCCCAAUUUUUGAUAAUGAUGUAGAAUUGGCAAUAGAAAAUGAUAAAGACAGCGGAGAGAACGGGAAAAUUACAACUAAAACAAGCGAGAAAACUGACAAGUUGUUGGAACAGGAAACAGAACAAAACGAGAAGUUGAAGCAGUACAACAACACACAAACGGGGAAAACUACUGAAAACGUUCUUGAGACAACUAGUACGAGAAGUUCAGCAACUACAGUUCCUUCUGUAUCAGAAAUGGUUAAUAAUACAACAGCAAAAUUGCCACAUCUUUGGAUGAAAACACAAAAAAUAUUUACUUUGCCAUGGGUUCAAACAAGGCGUUUGUCUCUUGCAAAGUUGCUAAGAAUUCAAAAAAUUCCUACACUAACCACAACUCCUUUAAAUACAACAACUACUACUACAACAACACCAACCUCAACCAGCACUAAAUUACCCAAUAAUAUCACUCCCACAACUAAAUUAGCUACAAUGUUGUUUACUGCAGUUGAUCAAGUUGAAGAAAAAAGUGAACUUGAAUUUAGUAAAUUAAUUUUGAAAAUUAAAAAAUUCCCCCAAUUUUUAUCAGUUAUUUCACCUCCUCAGCUAAUUUCUCCUCCUAUCCCCCCAAAACUGUAUUUAGCGCCUAAAUUUCUCGGAAGCGCCUUUUCUACCUCAAACGAAGAAAAUUUUUGUUGUCUACAUAAAAUUGGAAAUAACGGGCAAAUAAAAGGAAUUCCGCUAAAAGGGGCUUCUGCUAUUAAUUUAUUAAAAUCUGCAUUAUUGGAGCAGACUACAACAACUAAAAUACCUUUAAUUACAACUACAGAAAUGUUAACUAGUAAUAAUGAUGAUGAAAUUGUACAAAUUAUGCCUAAGAAGUGUUCAGAUAAAAAGUAG